AUGGUCCAACUCACUCAAUUCGUUCUGGCGACUGCCGCCCUUGCUGGCGCUGUAUCGGCUCAUCCCCCAAAGCAAUCCGCUGCACCAAAACCGCCGGUGCAGAUGCCAGUGCCUAGCAACAAGACCUCCAACCCGUGGCCUGGAAAGGAUCGUUACGUUGUGCAGUCUUACAGCAAGAAGCUCGAUCAGACUAUUGCUUCUUUCAAGGCGCAGAACGACACACUCAAUGCCGCAAAGACGCGUACCGUUCAGAAAAGCAUAUCGACAUUCCACUGGGUGACAACUCGGGCCCUUGUCUCCACCAUCUACGAUGUCAUCAAGGAGGCCCGCUCCCAGCGCAAGGGAAACAAGCGCGUCAUCGUCGGUCUCGUCCUAUACAACCUCCCCGACAGAGAUUGCUCUGCUGGUGAAUCAGCCGGAGAAUUGAGCAUCGCCAAGAACGGCCUUGAGAUCUACAAAAAAGAGUUUGUCGACGCGUACGCCAAAGCCGUCUCUUCAGCCCCUGAUCUCGACUUCGCCAUCGUUCUGGAGCCCGACUCCCUUGGCAACGCCAUCACCAAUCAAGGCGUUCCCUUCUGCGCGACCGCCACGCCCGUCUACGAGCAAGGUAUCGCCUACGCCAUUGCCAAGCUGCAAUUCCCAAAUGUGAGCCUGUACCUGGACGCCGCUCACGGAGGUUGGCUCGGUUGGGCAGACAACCUGAAGCCGACUGCACAGAUCUUCGCGAAGGUCGUCGAGAUGGCGAAGAAGAUCAACCCAUUGGCCAAAAUUAGGGGUUACUCAACCAACGUAUCCAACUACAACGCUGCCAACGCUGUCGUGCGCGAGAACUACACUGAAUACUCUCCUUCGUGGGACGAGUCACACUACGCCACUUCCCUCGGAGCCUAUCUCGAGGCUGAAGGUAUGCCUUCAAACUUCAUCAUCGAUCAAGGCCGUGUAGCGCAGCCAGGCGCGAGGGCUGAGUGGGGCGAGUGGUGCAAUGUCGAGCCCUCAGGUUUCGGACCAGUACCAGGAACCAAGACAAACAACACGCACAUUGACAGCAUUGUGUGGAUCAAGCCCGGUGGCGAGAGUGAUGGAGCGUGUGGUCUUGAGGGAGCACCAGCGGCAGGUGCGUGGUUCGACGCGUAUGUGCAGAUGUUGGUGAAGAAUGCGGAUGCAAGCUUGACACCGACGUACUAAGCGGGUGAGAAGCGAGAAUUGAGAAUCUAGAUUGGUGGUACUCGCCUUACUCAAGUGAUAGAGUUUAGUUGUAUAUAUUCUGUUUUCU